UAUUCCCGAAUAGAGUUAUUUGUAACUGUAGAAUGAGAAAGCGAAUGCACUGCAGCCUUAAUUAACCCUAGCUAGCUAGACUAUCUUCGUGAACGGGGUAGAGCUGCAUCCCAAUAUGGCGACCGGGUGUGUCGAAAUAAGUGGUUGUAUGGAAAGCGAAUCGGUCCGAUUUGUUGGCACUCAAGACCGUUUUGCGUGGCAGAUGGACUAGUCAAUAACCCGGCGGUCAGUGCUCAAUGUUCUAGUUUUGUGCCUGCCGACUCAAAAGUUCUUCGUACUGUGUAUAAUUGAUGGUCGUGUCGCCGGUGCGGUGGUAACUACGUGGCCAUUUUCUCUCGCAUUACUUUAUUUCAAGUAGGUUAGAAGCCUACACAAUAAAUAACUAAUAUUUAUAACAAUCUAGACUGUAAUACAUAGUCUACUACGGCAAGAACCGGAACAGUGCCCUUUACUCCUGCUUGGAAAGUAACGGUAACGGCAUGGAAAGUACCUACCAAGAGUGAAAAUAUACAGACCUGGUCUGGGGACGGGCUGCAGUGCUGGUGUCUGGGCCUUCCUGGCAGAUGCUCCCUCCUGAAACACACAAACAAAAACACAACGGUCAACCUACAGCCUGAUGAAUGAAAAGCCAACACUACAUAUUGGCAUAGGAUAAAAACAUUGGCCUCUGCUGAAGACCGCAUGAACCUGGUUGAAACAUAUGGGCAGGUUUGACAACUGACCAACAAUUCAAAGUGACUUGAAUGUUACGGUUCAAUACAUGCACCACCUCCCGACUAAUUACUUGGUUCAUCAACAAUUUCGCACACAGCAUACGCCUGACCUGACCGAGUGUGUUACGGCUGCCCACGUGAGGUGGUACACAGACACCAUGCAGUGGAGGAGGCGCCACUGCUACACGCAUGUCGCUGGCCUACUGGCUCUCCUCUCGCUCCUGAUCAUCCUGGGCCAUCAAGACUGGCUGCCGGGCCUCAGGGGGCCAACGUGGCAGAGGGAGCACCUAGUGGCUUACACCGAAAGAGGACUACACUCUACCAAAGAAAAAGGGAAUCACAGCUCAUCGCAUACUCUAUGGAGGCCCCCUUCGCCUCCGGAAAGAAAUGCCAACCUCAGCUCCCCUCAGGACUCCUCCUUUCCACAGGGGAUUACGGGACUGGAGAACUCAGUGGCGGCUAAUGCUAGCUUGAGUGGGGAAGUCGGGCUAAGGGGCCUGCUGACCUCAGAGCCAUACCCUUACAUCAUCAAUGAGCCCGACAAGUGCCGGGAGGGCAACCCAGAACCCUUCCUGGUGCUGCUGAUAGCCACGGAGGGCAAUCAGGUGGAAGCCAGGGCGACCAUUCGGCAGACCUGGGGGAACGAGAGCAUGGUCCCGGGCCUAAGCUUUGUUAGGCUCUUCCUGUUAGGCAUAAAGGAGGGCAGGGUAGGCCGCCUGCAGCAGAGCAGCCUGGAGGCCGAGAGCCGGAGGCACCAUGACAUCAUCCAGCAGGAUUACAUGGACACUUACAACAACCUGACUAUAAAAACCCUGAUGGGCAUGCACUGGGUGUCCACACACUGCCCGGGCACCAACUAUGUCAUGAAGACAGACAGUGACAUGUUUGUCAACACAGAGUAUCUCGUGCACAAGCUGCUCCAGCCAGAGAUGCACCCCAAACAGGACUAUAUUACGGGCUACCUGAUGAGGGGCUAUGCACCCAACAGGAACAAGAAUAGCAAGUGGUACAUGCCCCCCGAGGUGUACCCCAGCGAGGUGUACCCUACUUUCUGCUCAGGAACAGGCUAUGUGUUCUCAGGGGACCUGGCUGGAAAGAUCUACAGGGCCUCCCUGGGUAUCCGCAGGCUGCAUCUGGAGGACGUUUACGUGGGCAUCUGCCUGGCCAAGCUGCGGAUCGAACCCACGCCGCCGCCUAAUGAGUUCCUGUUCAACCACUGGCGGGUGUCUUACUCCAGCUGCAAGUAUAGCCACCUCAUAACCUCCCACCAGUUUCACCCCAACGAACUGCUCAAGUACUGGCACCACCUGCAGAGCAACAAGCACAACGCCUGCAUCAACACAUCCAAAGACAAGGUGGGCAGGUUUCACCAGAGGAAACUGCAGGGUGUACAGCCUAUUUGGUGACAGAGGGUUGAGUGUGAUGUUAGGCCAUUGCCUGUGCAGGAGUCACUGGGCAAGAGAUGACAGAGUCAAGCAUGUUUUUGGACAAACUAAUGCUUGAAGACCAUUUUUUUUUUAACUACAGUUUAUAUUCGAGUUUAAUACAUUCAUUGAUUGAAAGAAUAUAUGCAUUGGGGUACAGAGGAAGACAUGACUUAUGUGAAAUGUGGGUGCUGUUCAUUAUGAGAUUAUAUCUUAAGACUAUUGGUGGACUGUCACUGUCUAGUAUCCAUUUUGUUCAACUUGAGUUGAAAUACUUUUCCUUUUAACCCCCUAAGGUUGAAUCGAAGAAUCAUAAUAAAAAAAGAUCUGCAAGUUUCA